GCAAGACGAGGCAGCAGCAAAGGUUGUCGAUGAAGAACGAAUUCAACGACGCGAGAAGAUAUUCAACGGAGAGCGAGCCUUGCUCACAAUGGCAGCGGACUGGCGGGCCGAGGCCGAGAAUGGGAAAAUGGAACAGAGUGAAAACAAGAUCACUCUACUACUCCUCUCCCAUCUCACGGACCUCCUGGCCACGUGCAUUGCACAGCAGGAGGACAUCCACAACCUCGACAACGCGGUUCAAACACACAAUCACGUGUUUGACCAAGUCAACAGCCGCCUCCAGCAGUUGGAACAAACCGUCGCCGCCCCCAUUGCCAGCUCUUCCAACACCUCCGAUCGCCUCGAGGCAUUGGAGAUUGACGUCAGCUCCCUCAAGGACGGCGUGCAGUUACAGCAAACCCCAACGCAACAGUUGGAGCAGCAAAUCUGUACUGCCGCCACCCACUCGAGCUCGAAACCGUGCGAGACAACUCCAAAGUUCGAUGAUCAAGAGAUCUUCUGCGAUUCGACGAAGACGGACCCGAUUCCGUGGUUCCGCAUGUUCGAACUCAAGUUGCAGCUACACUACGUCAGCGAACACAAGCACCACGCAUACUUAUACUCCCAGUCGGGAGGCGCGUGCCAAGCAUGGUUCAACAAUCUCCUGUCCAAGUACGGAGUGGUGGCUGCCGACAUGCACACCAAGAUCAGUCGGGAUGAUCUAAAGGCAGUGUGGCAUAAGCGGUUCCAAGUAGAGCCGCCGGAGAUCAAGGCAAUGGACAAGUUGAUGGUCUUCGUACCAGGCAUGCUGAAGAGUGUUGACUGGAUUGUCGAGUACCAACGCUUGACAUCCGUCCCAUACAUUCAAAUGGGCUUCAAAACCAUCAAACACUACUUCAUCUCGAGGUCGUGUCCGACAUUGGGCAAUGCCUUGACUCACGUCGAGAACACCCUGACGACACCGGCGGAGCUCUUCGACAAGGCCGCGCAAAUUAUGGUAACGAACAAGGAGGCUAAGAACCUCCACCAUUCAUCUGCUAUAGGCCCGAGCACAGAUCGGCAUCGGCCGAAAGUGGCCGUGAUCAAGGCGGCAACGCCAAUCGACCAAACUAGCGAGGCCGUGUCUGCCAAUGAAGGGGACAGACUCAUAGCCGCCCGGGAUGGUGGCCGCCCCGGCAAAGGCCGAGGACGCGGCAAGACGAAGCCAAACACCGCAUCUAGCCCCGGGCCUGACGCAGCAGCUCCAGCUCCAUGGUCGCACUACGAUCUCUCCGAGCAAGCAUACAAGGCACGCACAAGAUUCUGUUACUGUCUGUGGUGUAACAACGAUCUCCACGAGAUAAUGGGCUGCCCAUCGAAAGGCAAAGGCAAAUCGGGAAACCGAGCACCGCCGGAAACGACGGAGAUUGACGACUUCCCUCACUACGGGGAAGACACAGAGAAGGAUGGGGCUAGUGAGACUUCGGAUGGGGGAGUCAUAGCUCCAAUCAAAGAAAAGGCUACGAGGACCGGGAAGCAGAAGGUAGGUGGGUCCAAGGGUCAAGGCGGCCAAGGAACACCCGCAUCGGCAAAACUUUGGUUAGAAUACGAGGUGUGAAGGGACCAAGUUGCUAGGGGCACUUGUAUUAAUUGUGGCAACUAUGGCCAUACGUCC